AUGCGCUCGAAAAUAGUGAUUGGAUCUGUACUUGUGCUGAGUGCUGUUGUAACUUGGCUGUUUGGCCAUUUGUACCAGGAGCUGCUGAGUGCAUAUGAACAGUCUGACUCACUGAUAGACUCCGACUACUCAUGGUGCUUCCGGCUGCUGCUGAAUUUGGUUGGAUAUGCGACAGUCCUGGUGCCAAGUUAUUUGCUGUACAAGUAUCUGCACAGAACUAAUUAUUUUGACAAGAUAACGAACAAGACAUGGUUGUCGCGUGUCCUUUACGCUUGCUUCGGGGAGCCGGGCGAGAGGUUGCCAGAGGCGGCCAAACCGGUCAAAGCCGAAGAGUCUCGCGAGUGCUUCGAGCUGGUCUUCUGUUUCACCGGCCUUAUGGGCUCCUACCUCGUGUGGGGCCUGCUGCAGGAGAAAAUUAUGACGCAGAACUACGUGAUGCCCGACGGGAGCCUGGUCCGUUUCAACGAUUCGCAGCUGCUGGUCUUCAUCAACCGUCUACUGGCUUUCCUGAUAGCCCUGGCUCACCUCCUGGCCACUGGGCAGGCGGUCAUCGCGGCGCCCCUUUACAAGUUCUCCUACUGCUCCGUCACCAACAUCAUCAGCGCCUGGUGCCAGUACGAGGCGCUCAAAUUCGUCAGCUUCCCCACUCAGGUGCUGUCGAAGUCGUGCAAGGUGAUCCCGGUGAUGGUGAUGGGCAGGCUGAUCUCGCGCACCAAGUACGAGUGGCACGAGUACGCGAGCGCCGCGCUCAUCUCGGCCGGCAUGGCGCUGUUCAUGGCGGGCAGCCAGGGCGCGGCCGCGCCCUCGGCCGCCACCACCGGCGCCGGCCUGGCGCUGCUGGCGCUGUACAUGGCCUGCGACGGGUUCACCUCCUCGUGGCAGGCGGCGCUGUUCGCGCGCCACGCGCUGCGCCCGCUGCAGAUGCUGGCCGCCGUCAACCUGUGCUCCGUGGCGCUGACGGCGGCCGCGCUGCCCCGCGCGCCCCCGCGCCUGCUGCAGCACCCGCCCUUCGUGGCCGACUGCCUGCUGCUGGCGCUCAGCUCGGCCGCCGGCCAGGUGCUCAUCUACCGCACCAUCGCGCGCUUCGGCGCCGUGCUCUUCGCCAUCGCCAUGACGCUGCGCCAGGCCGUCUCCAUCCUGGUCUCGUGCGCGCUCUACGGCCACGCGGUGGCCCCGGAGGGCGUCUGCGGCGUGCUGCUGGUCUUCGCCGCGGUGCUCUUCCGCCUCUACUGCCGCUCGAGGCGGAGGCGCCCCCACAGGGCCGACGCGCCCGACCGCGCUAACAAA